GCUUGUCAAAAAAUAUUAUUUUACCGUUGUCUGUUAUUAAUUAUUAUCACCAACUGCGGCUGCACGGUCGCACGGAUUUUGGACUGAAAUUUAUCUCCGCGUUAGAAUAAUACAUUUAUAAUCGUUAAAACUAUAUGAUUUUGAUCUAAUUCUGAUUUAUUACGACUUAGUUACCCGUGCGCUUGCGCGUGGGUGUGUUAUUGUUUGUUAGUAUGCAUUUAUGCUCGCCAUAUAACUACAAUAGUUAGUUGUCUUUAACAAACACUGUUCUCUGUUCGCUAUUCGGCACGAUGACGAUGGUGUUGACGUCCCGGAGUUAACGUCUGGUUUUGUUCAAUUAUUUGAUGUGCAGACGAAUCUGAGGAGAUCAAAUUCAUCGUCUUGGUCUAUUCAUCCAGCUGUGUCUGUGGUGAAAUGCCAUCGCAUGAAGUCUUACCCCACAGAUUGCCAAUGUAAAAGACCACCCUCAUCUUCAACCAUUUACGAUGAUGAUAAACGUUUCCGUUACUAAUCUCACCAACGAUACCGCCUCCACUGCACUAGCGCCAGUCAAGUCUGUGGCAGUUCCACAUCCACCUGUCCAGUUCAGUCCACUCACUGUUGUGAUCAUUGUUAUUGUUGCUUGUUUGAUGCUAGUUGGUGUAAUAAUUGUAAUUAGAAGAAAGAGAAGACUCGACAGGCUGCGGCAUUCAUUGAUACCUUUUUAUUCGUUUGAUGCUAACGAAGAGGAAGACUGGGAUUCAGAUCUGUUACAACACGAAGGUGGAACUCAGACCAUUCGUCAGCAUGGUCAAACAUUUAGACACGAGGGCAGUUUCCACAGCUGGCAUGAGAGAUUUAGUCCGAUUCAAAGAGCUAUGGAUCGGUCGAACUGAACAUCAUGGCUAAAGAGAUAAGAAGCAAAAAAGGAUGAUUCUUGUGAUGAAAAUGUAUCUUUUGCUUCUACCAUUUGUGUCGUACAAUUUUAAUAUUAGUUAUUUGUAAGUUGUACAUUGUCUGGUCAUGGUACAAGUAUAAUUUUGCACGUUUCCAUCCUUCACAAUCCUAUUUUCAAAUCUAAUGACAAUCACCGUGUCACUCUAAAAUUACAACCAUAUCCCAUUAAGGUUGGGAUAGUCUGUUCAAACUAUGAUCAGGCAAUGCUGAUGUAAGAGAGUAUUUGUGUCUAUAGAAUUUGUAACUUUUAAUGUGGUAUUGUUGAUGUUGUUGUUGUUGUUAUUGUUGGCAUUUUUUUAAAAUCUACUUAACUGUAUAAAAUUAUAUAAAUAAUAAGUUAACACACAUACACACGCCAACCACAAGCUUGAUGCUCAAUAUAUUUAUAUAUUUAAGAAUAUUUAUCAUUUUAUAGCUUUUGGUAGCACCUGCUCAUCGUGCUCUCACUGUUUAUUUUUAUUUUUCAUUAGCAUAUUAUAGUUUUGAUAAUAUUUAAGUGUUAUGCCUACUUAUUGUGUACAUGCAUUGUUAAUUUGAAUGAAAUUGUGGUCAGUCUUUACAUAGCUAUAAUUGACCUGAAUAUUUAACUGCAGAUAAAAAAUACACGUCUUGUACCAAUAAUUUUUACCAUGUCCUAAAUGUUGUCAACCGUGUUUGUUAAUGAGUUUAACAAACAAUAACUGCAAGAUUGAUUUUUUUUUUAUGAAAUUUAAAUGUAUACUCUUAACAUUAUAAGUCUAAGUUACAAUAAUUCCAUAACAUCAAUUCAUGUCUGAUUAAAAAUUGUUGUUAGUUAAAUAAAUAUAAAACAGACUGAAUUAGUUUAUUAGUCACUUAUUGUAGGGAGUUGAAUCUGCUAAAUGUUUUUAUAAAAAUAUGUAUUGUGUUGAUUAAAAUUCACCGUUAUUUGCUUA